CUCACGGGCAGCCGCGGGUGCCACCAUGCCGGCGCAGCAGAAGAAGCUGAUCUUUUGCACAGCCGGGGUGCUGAGCUUCGCCUGCGCGCUGGGGACGGCGGCGGCCAUCGGCACCCAGCUCUGGGUGAGGGGGACGAUCCUCUGCACGACGGGAGCGCUGCUCGUCAACGCCACCGGCCCGGAGCUGGACAAGUUCAUCGGCGAGAUCCAGUACGGGCUCUUCUCCGGGCAGCGUGUGCGGCAGUGCGGGCUCGGGGGGAGACCCUUCCAGUUCUCAUUUUUUCCAGAUUUGCUCAAAAUUAUCCCUGCAAGUAUCCAUGUUAGUGUCAUUCUCUUCUGUACAGUACUGAUUGUCUUUGCUCUGGUGGGAGCAGGGUUCUUCAUGUUCAAUGCUUUUGGCAGCCCCUACGAAACACUGCAUGGCCCCGUCGGGUUGUACCUCUGGAGCUUCAUCUCCUGUUCCUGUGGUUGCCUCAUCAUGAUUCUCUUCUCCUCAGAGGUGAAGAUCCACCACCUUUCAGAGAAAAUUGCUAAUUUCAAAGAGGGAACUUUUACAUUCAAGACUCACAGUGAACACUUUGCAAAUUCCUUCUGGACCAUCCUGGUUUGCUCCCUGGUGCACUUCCUCAAUGCCCUGCUAAUCCGAUUUGCUGGAUUUGAAUUUCCCUUUUCAAAACCAAAAGAUUCAGGGACAAUCACAGGAGCGGUUGACCUGAUGUAUUAAAAUUAUGGGAUUUAAGAAUAUUUCAAGUAAAGAAAUUUGUCACUAUUACAAUCAACAACCACCAGAUGUACCAACUUGUGAAUGAUUAACUCUAGAGAAGGUAAAAAAAGGGAAGUUUCAAAUAAGCGUCAAUAAGGUGUAUGCGUGAACAAAAGAAGAUGUGCUGGAUGGUAAUGUCUGGAUGGAAAAGCCCUCUCUCUUGGGGUAAGACCUUACUAAGACUUUUUUCCUGUAAACUUUGGAAAGUGGCUGGUAUGAAGUAAAACAGGAAUCUCAGUAGCAUUGCACUGAAUCUGGGAAAUCCAAUCGGUGGGUUGCACUAGAAACACACACUCACCAGCAGCAGCUUUGCCCUUCAGCCCUGGUGAAGGCAAGGAUGAAGCCGUGACCACGUCAGAGCAGCAGGGCCCAGGGACAGCCGGUAAACUUACAGACACCCAGCAAGGGACAGGACAAUGCACAACAUAGCUCUGCCCCAACACCCCUCAGACUCCAGCUCACAUGUGUGGUGCUCAGAGGGCAAAACCCAAACACCUGCACUUUGAUCUGGCUUCACAUGCAUGGCAACAGCAUCAUUUCUCUCCAUUAAACUCUCCGGGUUUUUUCUUUUAACAAAUCAAACUGUGCUCCAAACCCAGAGUCCUGGGUGCCCUCAUUUCCCCAGCAGUUGCUGCAGCUUGGUGACAAAGCUGACGCAGCACACCGGAUGCAGGGGAAAUGCCAUGUGCUUGCCCAAGGGAGGCAGCCAGGCUUGGUGCUGCUGAACAAACUCUCUUUGCUCAUCAGGCAAAGGGCAUUUCCCAGAGCAGAGUGACGGGAGUGAGCCCAGGUGCCUUCACCUUCCACUGCCCCCUCCAGAGAACAGCCCUGCAAGUUCUCAUCAAACACCACCAAUAAACCAAGUCAGAACCUCUGGCAAAGGGCAGCAAUAACGUAACAGACAGGCUCCUGUGCAGGCUGCAGCUCAGCAGAGACUGAGGAACGAGCACAUGAGGGUCUGGCACGGGAAGCCAGAACAGACGGACGCAUCAGCCCUCGCCCCCCUAAACAUCCCCGAGUCAGCAAAAGCAACAGAUGCUGCGCCAGGCAGAACCAGCCCAGCUACGGGCAGGCAGAGCCUCGCACCACCAAACACUACCUCUGUGGGGUUCCCUGGCUGCCUUGGAGGUGAGGUGCUCCUCACAGGACACAGAAACAGCCCUCAGAACAAACAUGGGUAGAGAACCCCUGCCCCAUUUAUCUGCAAGGGCUGCACCCAGCUGUGGGUGAGGAGCAAUUCCACCCAGCAUCCACUCGGUCCCCGGGUACAGGUCAGGCCCAGGUACCAGAGCCCUCUGUGCUUCAGGAUCUACCAGCCCACGAGGCCUUAUUGACUUUGAUGUGAUUUUUCAUACUUUUACUGUGAAAGGCAAAAUACUGCUGGGUUAUUGUAAAGGUUUGUCAGCUGUAUCCUUUCCCAAGGUGGCUCUGCCCCUGCAUCUCCCCAGAUUUUAACGAUGUGGAAGGGCUUCUGCAAAUCAGUACAGCUCCCAACUUUUUCAUAAUUUUCUUCUUCAUCUAUAUACAUAUUCUUCCUAAUGUUAAUGUAUGUUCUUAAAAUAUAAUUUGUAUUGCAUCUCAUGGUAUUGUUUACUACACAGCAAAUGCAAACCCAUUCCUUUGCUGUACGGAAAAGAGCAGCCCCAACCUGGGGUCUGAGUGUCCUCACAGGGGUCACUUUGCCCAAAGCCUGGCUCGACCACCCCCACAUCCCCCCCUGUGCCCGAGCAUCAGCCCAGCUGUUCCUGAGGCAAGCAACAACUUCUUACCAGCAAAAUAAAAUUAAGACCAUGUUUGUCUCAC